GGUCCUGGGACAGUGAGUGGACAAUGCCGUCCUCUAUCUCGUGGGGCCUCCUGCUGCUGGCCGGCCUCAGCUGCCUGGCUGCUGGCUCCCUGGCUGAAGAUGCUCAGGAGACAGAUGCAUCCAAGCCCGACCAGGAGCACCCAGCCUGCCACAAGAUUGCUCCGAAUCUGGCGGAGUUUGCCUUCAGCCUUUACCGGGUGCUGGCCCAUGAGUCCAACACCACCAACAUCUUCUUCUCCCCUGUGAGCAUCGCCACGGCCUUGGCCUCGCUCUCGCUGGGCACCAAGGCUGACACUCACACCCAGAUCCUGGAGGGUCUGGGCUUCAACAACACGGAUAUCCCGGAGGCUGAAAUCCACCAGGGCUUCCAGCAUCUUCUCCAAACCCUCAACAGGCCCAACAGCCAGCUCCAGCUGACCACCGGCAGCGGCCUCUUCAUUGACCACAAUCUGAAGCUGCUGGACAAGUUCUUGGAGGAUGUCAAGAACCUGUACCACUCAGAGGCCUUCUCCACCAACUUCACAAACACCGAAGAGGCCAAGAAGCAGAUCAACACUUAUGUGGAGAAAGGGACCCAAGGGAAAAUUGUGGAUUUGGUGAAAGAUCUGGACAGAGACUCAGUUCUCGCCCUGGUGAACUACAUUUUCUUUAAAGGCAAAUGGAAGAAACCCUUCGAGGUAGAUCACACCAAGGAAGAAGACUUCCACGUGGACCAGGCCACCACCGUGAGGGUGCCCAUGAUGAAUCGCCUGGGCAUGUUCGACCUGCACUACUGCUCCACUCUGGCCAGCUGGGUGCUGCAGAUGGACUACCUGGGCAACGCCACCGCCAUCUUCCUCCUGCCCGACGAGGGGAAACUGCAGCACCUGGAGGACACC